UUUUUUUUUCUCACGAACGAUAACACUAGGAAGCGUGGCAAGGUCGUAAAAGUGGAUACCACAAAAUUCUCUACUGAAUGACUUUCUGAAAGUGUGUCGGAAUGACCCAAGAAAGAAAAUGAUAUUAUCCCAUUUAAUCUAUACCACGUGUUAUAACGAGACAUUGUUGAUUGACGGCCUUUGAUUAUAUAUUAACAGUUCUACUCUAUAUACUUUAAUACUCAUUUUAGCUCGUGUUUCACAACGUUAUUUUAUUAAUAACAUUUGAAUUCAACAUGUAAUUUUGUUACUAUUAUUCUCUCUUAUGAAAUUAGUAUAAAUAAUAGUGAAUAAGUAUUUUAUAAUCAGAUAAAAUAAUUUUGAGCGAAUCUAUAUCUAUAGUCUUGAAUUCAAUAUCAAAUAAAUUUUAUUUAUUUCUAUUAAUAUAAUAAAGUUUAUUUUUAUAUCAUCUCACUUUUAUAUAAAUAUUCUUAUUGAAAUAAAAGAAAAUCUAAUUAAAAUUUAUUUUGAAACAAAAAAAAAUAUGAAUUUUAAAAUUUAUAAAUAAAGGAAGUCAUUUAUACUCAUCAGGUUACAUAUUACAUGUCACUUAUCGAGUUUGACAUAUACAACUUACCUUGAGAGUUAAUAUCUAUUUAUGUUUAUUUAUCUGAAUAAAUGUAAAAGAAUUCUUCUAUAAAUAUUUUAUAGAUGUCAUACAAAUAUUUAGAAAGAGAAUAUUUUCGAUAAUUAUAUCAUAAUGUUAUAUCUUUUUUUUACUUUAGAAUACUUUUAUCGAUGUUCUUCUUUUGUUUGAAUUAAUACAACAGAAUUCGUGAAUUUAUUUUUCACCUAAUAAUAUAUAAAUAACUAAAAAUCUAACGAAUAGUAAUUGUACUUGGCGAUACUUUUCGAUAAGAUAGUGUUUUAUGUUAUCCACAAUUGUACAGAUAUCUGUCAUAUUUUAUUACAUAUACAUUAUUUAUGUAGAAGAAGAUAAUGAUCAAUUGGUGACAGUUAUAUAUACAAAGAGAAGUAGUAUAACAUAAAAAUCAUUGUCAUAAAAUAAAAACAUAACUAGACUGAUUGAAUUAAAAAAUUUCAUGAAUUUUCUAUGUCCCUGAGGGAUAUAAAGUUACAGUAAAUAAAGUAAAUUUACACUCUUAAUAAAGUGUAAAUAUAUAUAUUAUAUCUAAAUAAAUUGUCACUCGUACUUAAUGACUGAUGCAAACUAAAAAAAGAAAUUUUAACUAUACUUUAGAAAAUUAUUAACAAAAAAAGUAUAUUCAAUAACUUCUUUUUUCAUAUUCAAAGGGCGGAAACGACAACAGAAAAACCUGUUCGAGAAGACCAAUCUUCAAAGAAAAAUCAUUCUUCAUCAACAUCGAAACGUUUACAGGAAGAUGAUGACGAUACGAAACAAGCAGAAACACCAUUAUUAGAUUCACCACCAAAAACUAAAGUUAAACAACCAAAGAAAAAGAUGUCACUGUUCAAAAAAAAACCAACAGCUGAUCCAGCUGUUGUAGGUGGUGGUGAUUCGUCAAUGUUUGAUAUAACACUUGAUCAACUUACAGCUCUUAUGGAAGUACGAGGAAAAGAUUUAAUGGAUAAACUUAAUACAUCUGAAUAUAAUGGUGUUAAAGGAAUAUUAGAAAAAUUAAAAGUUGAUGGUAAUAAAGGUCUUGAUUCAAAUAAUGAACAAGAUUUUGAACAACGUCGUAUAGCUUAUGGAAAAAAUGAAAUACCACCUAAACCAAUGAAAUCAUUUUUAAGAUUAUGUUGGGAUGCACUUCAUGAUUUGUUAUUACUUAUAUUAUUAGUAUGUGCUGUUGUUUCAAUUGGUCUAUCAUUUUAUAAAGCACCUCAAGGAGAAGGAGGAGGCGAAGGAAAAGAAGAUGAACCAAAUCUUGAAUGGAUUGAAGGUGUAGCUAUUCUUGUUGCUGUUGUUGUCGUUGUAUUAGUAACUGCAUUUAAUGAUUGGCGAAAAGAGCGUCAAUUUCGUGGAUUACAAGAUAAAAUUGACAAAGAUCAAGAAACAUCUGUUAUACGAGAUAAUAAAGUACAACAAAUACCUGUAGCAGAACUUGUUGUUGGCGAUCUUUGUUUUAUUAAAUAUGGUGAUCUUUUACAAGCUGAUGGUUUAGUUGUUCAAUCAAGUGAUCUUAAAAUUGAUGAAUCAUCUAUAACAGGUUUAUAGACUUAUUUUAAAUUUUGUGAAACACAAUCUAAAAGUAGUGUUGAAGUACAGGGAUAAAAAUUUAGACCCUCAUUUCAUUGUAGGGAAUCAAAGGACUAUUAGAUGAAAAAUUGAAAGUGUACUUUCUGAUGAUU